GCCGACAAGAGUUGGUUCUCCAAUUUGCUGACCACGCGGACAGGCAUUUUACGUCUUCAAGGACAGCGCGAAGCUUUGACUUUGCCGAUGCAUCUGUACAGCGCUAUAUGGUGUACAUGUCCAAGAUACACCAGCUCAUACUGUGAGCAUCAAAGCCGGAUGAUGAAUACUAUUAGUGGCCAAACGCCGUACCGUCCUGGGGGUGAGAGUAAAGUCGAGUGCAAAACGCCCGGAAAAGUACUCCGCCGUAUAAUAUACGCCUUCCGUCUACGGGAAAUCUUAGAGCCCCAUACAAGCAACUUGUCUUUCACUUCAUGUGAAAAGUGUGAAGAUAGUCUCUUGUACCAACAUGUCUAAGUUCGACAUCUUAUAACAGUUUCUGCAAGAGUCUUUCGGUGCCUUUACUUAAGGAGUCCGAGUCGCUCUUUGCUCAAGAUGCAUUAGGUGACGUAUAUGUAACAGAUCCUGCCGGCCUCCCAGGUGCCUUGUCGAUCUCAAAGAUGUCCGAAUCAUUGAAGGUCAUCGCAUUGAUAUCUGGGGGCAAGGAUUCUCUCUUUUCCGUCCUUCACUGCUUCAAGAAUGGCCACAAAGUCGUCGCGCUAGCCAAUUUGCAUCCCCCACGAGGACACGCGCACGACAUCAGCACCUCCCACAGCGACGGGACUGAACAUGAGCGCGAGGGCGAAGAUCUCAACAGCUUCAUGUACCAGACUGUUGGCCACUCUGUGAUCCCUCUCUACUCUGAAUGUCUUGGAAUCCCACUAUACCGAAAAGAAAUCACGGGCUCAGCAAUCCAAACAGGUCGAUAUUACGAUGCGAGCAGCGUCGAUGGAUCAGUGGAUGAGACUGAAGACUUGAUUCCGCUGCUGCAGGAGGCUCUAAGAGAGCAUCCUAAAGCUAAUGCUAUAUGCUCAGGCGCAAUUUUGUCAACCUACCAGCGCACAAGGGUCGAGUCAGUAGCUGUGCGACUCGGCCUCGUACCACUCUCUUACCUGUGGCAUUAUCCUGCUCUGCCUCCGCCGCCUGACCGUGCCGACUCCCUGACAGGGCUGCUAGAGGACAUGCACCAUGCUGGAUGCGAUGCCAGGAUCAUCAAGGUUGCAAGUGGCGGCAUCAAAGAAAAUCUCCUGUGGACUAAUGUUGCCGAUCCGAGAACACAGUCAAGGCUGCUAACAGGCCUCCGGCCUUUCUAUCAAGACAACGAGUUCUGGUUACGGGCUGCUGUCGUUGGAGAAGGCGGAGAGUAUGAGUCUUUGGCAAUCAAUGGGCCACCGGAUAUUUGGAGGAAGAGAAUUGAAUUGUCGCCGGACGACGAUUCUACAUUUUCCGGCGAGGGAGGCGUCAGCUAUCUCCGUCUUGGAAAAGCGAAGACUGUCGAGAAUGGGACAACGGGAGAGUCGAGUGGCUUGUCCUCCGUGCGGAUGCCCGGAGUCUAUGACCCCCAAUUCGAUACCGUUCUCGAAUUACUGCAAACUUCAAACAUAAUUUGUUCACCCGACGACGACAACUCGCGUGCCGGUCAUAGUGGCAAUUCGAGUGCAGCCCAGAAAGAGACCCCGAGUGCGGCCCAAAACAACGACGACUUGAGUGCGGCACAUAAUACCUACCCGAAGGGUGACUUGCCAAUGGAUCAUGGCUCCCAUCUGUUUUCGCAGGAUUCCAUAUAUUCUGCAUAUACUCUGACGUCCACACAUCUGAGCAUUUUCAAUAUGACGGCAAUGAACAAAAGCAGUCCUGCCGGGUCCACGGUGGCUGCUGAGCAGAUGAGACAGAUUUCUCUGGAUCUCAACUCCGCCUUUCAGUCAAUAUCAGAGUCUCACCACCUCGAUACGGAACUAAGCACCUCAAACAUCGUGGCUUCAACCCUCUUGCUCAAGGACAUCUCGAAUUUUGCCUCGGUCAACUCAGUAUAUUCCGCACUGUUCCGACCUGGCGAGCCAAAUCCACCAGCUCGCGUGACGCUUGCUUGCGGGCUUCCUGAUGAUGUUGAAGUAAGUUUGAGCAUUAUAUUGGACCUUGGACCUCGAAGCGCUCGGCGUGGACUGCAUGUUCAAAGCCGUAGCUACUGGGCACCGGCCAACAUUGGGCCUUACAGCCAGGCCAUAUGUGUGCCGAUACAGAGAGGUGAAGAUGUCGACCUCAACGUCCAUGAUGCAGGUUUGCUGGAGACCGUCCAUAUGGCGGGUCAAAUACCUCUGGUACCUCACACCAUGCAACUUCCGGUUGUGGUAUCAGCACGAGCCUUCUUGAGAGCAGCGGUGAUAAGCCUUCAGCAUCUGUGGCGGAUAGGACAAGAAAGAGAGGUCGACAUUUGGCCCUGGGGCGUCGCGUUUCUCAAGCAGCACCCUGCUAUCUCGGGCCGCGCAUCAACAGCAGCACAGGUCUGGGAGGAAGCUCAUCGCACAGGCACAAGGCCUAGGAAAGGUUUACCAGAAGAAGAUGACGACCAUGAGGAGAGUCUGGACGCAUGGGACAUGCGCUACAAUCGAUUUGCAAACACCUCGUCCAUGCAGACUGUCACAGUUGGCGAACACCUUCAUGUCCUUCCCAAUAAAAGUCUCUUUGAAGAUGACAUUAACGCCUCGCCAACGAUUCCGCCGUUCAUUGCAGCAGAGGUUGUUUCUCUGCCGAAGGAUGCUUCCAUUGAGUGGUGGAGCUUAGGUAUCGCACACCUGAUGAGGAUGCAUGCCUCAGCACUGGGAGCAAUCACCGACCGGAAGGAUUUUAAUUGGGGUUCAGUCUUCAAAUUGACCGUUCCCUCGAGUGCUGAUGAUGCAUCCCCAAAAUCCUAUGUCCACUUAGUGACAGUGUUUGUAAAGAAGUCUUCGACAUCAGAAUUGGUUCGCAGUGCCACAACUGCCGAGCAUGACCUUUGCGACUUCCUUUUACAGACAAAAGGCUCGAGAAACUCUGCAUCAACAUCGGCAAACACCCCGCUGGCAAUCGUCCACGGGACGGCGUAUCUAUCGACACCUGGCCAGACUGAGUGGUGCAGGAUUUCCAGGCACAGUCUUUUCGCCAAGUUGACAGUCAUUCCCUGCAAGUCAGUGUACGGCCAGUCCGACUUCUCCACCACGAUCAACGACAGCACUGAGGCGGCGCAAAGCGGCGGUGGUUCUGACGCUUCUGGACAGAAGCAUACGCACGCCACCUUUGGCAGUAAACACGCUGCGGGAUGUCAACCUCUUGCUUUGGCUAUGACCAUGCGUAUCGACUCAAUCGCGACCAGCUAGGUCUAGCUUAGACCUUUCUGACCGAACAGGUUUUGGCACGUUGUCAAAAGAUAAACCAGCCAUCCAGAUGCACUGACGCAGCGCCUCCCCACCCAUCACUUGACGGGUGGGCUUCAC